UUUUUAAAAUCUCCAUCAGCUGACUAAUGACCGCUAACGACCUAGCGCGCCUAGCGAGGCAACAGUGGCGUUUGUGUGCGGCGUCGUUUCUGGUCGUUUCGCGCCAACGAGCAACGAGAUAAAAAGGCGGGCUUUUGGCUUUAAUAACCUGUUCGUUUCUGCACGAUCGGAAUACCUAAAAAAGAGUAUGGCUCAGCCAUCAGUAACGGCAUACUUUAAUACACGCAAACGGCAAGCGUAUGAUGAGUUACGUGACAAAACUAAGAUUUUGUUACUAGAGCGAGAUAAUCAAGCGCAAACAAGUACCAUUAAGAGCAACUUGGAGCAAGCCGCGUCAGACGGAGCAAGUACGGGAAACAGUCCGAAAAUCGUAAUGCGGAAUGCUACCACGAAUUCUAAAGACGGUGUACGGGCCAACAAAGCAGUCCGCAAUAUCCAGUUCGAUUCUUCGAAAGUGAAUAGGCCUAAAAUGCGAGCCACUCGCUGUCGCACAUUGCCUUCUACUGAUGGAGGCCAGGCAGACAUCAGAGAUAGUCUUUUAAAACUAGGUAGCGAUCCAGAAGCCAAGAAAGUUCCUUUUGAGAAGAAAGGUACACUUAGUCCAAAGAAGAAGCCGCAACAGACACCUAAAAAACCUUCUGUUCUUAUUUCGAUGGAUAACGUCACAAAAGAAACUGAGAAGGAGCAACAAUCUGUCAACAUAUUUGGCUCUCUUACUCCACCAUCGUCAAAAAAGCUUUCAACGAUGGAAAAACUUGCAAAUAAUAAAGAAUUAAGUUUGACUGACAUCAAAAACCGAAUAAACAAGUCUUCCAGAUUGGCAGAGCUGAAAGCUAUAAUGCGACGAAUCAACAAUCACGAGCAGAUGUUGGAGCAAUUGCAAAAACAGACUGAGACUAAGAAACCUCAGAUGCAAAAGUUUGACACAGUCGAACUUGAAAUUCCUGUGAGCCCACAAAAGAUGUACAAAUCUCCGACUAAGGGAUUACUGACUCCAACCAAGGACAGAGAUCUUUCCAAGACAGCUAGUCCUCAGAGGCGAAUUUUGUUUGAACCUAAACAGAUAACGCCAAGUCCAGGAAAGUCCACUCCUGUUAAGGCAUAUCAGAAAUAUCUAUCUUUGGCUGAAAGUGAGAUACCUGGAUUGGUAUUACCAUAUCACUACAGAUUCUUAGCUGAAAUAUUCAGAUGUGUAGAUACGGUUUCAGCAAUGCUGUUUAAUAGAAAAGAACUAAUAACAUUCAGCAAACUGAAACCUGCAGUUCAAGAAUUGCUACGUCGUAAUUUUACUCAGGAGCAUCUGGCUCAAAUCAAAACUAUUUAUCCAGAUGCAUAUAUCUAUCAUCAAGAAAAGCAUCGAAAUUUUGGUUCAGUGUCCAAGCAAGAAAAAUACGAAUUAGUUUUAACACCUAUAGUUGAAGAAAUUAAUAACAGAAAUAAAUCUGAUGCAGAUAACAUAUUGAAAACUGCAUCUGAGAAUAGUAUGAACCCUACAGUACUGCUAGAAAGAAGGAAGAAAUUUUUUAAUGCUUUAUUAGAAAGGGUUAAGGAUGAACAUGAGAAAUUUUUGUUAAGUCUUGAUACUCCAGGAUUAAUGAAUAUACCGAGAGAAAAAAUAGUACGCUGGCAUCCUGAGUUUGAUGUCGAGUCUUGCAAGAAAAUUGAACAAGCUGAAUUACCCCAACCACCUUAUGUUGAGAAACCAACUGCUAAAGAUGUUCUUGACAAAGCUAAAUCUCUGUUUAAUUGUGGUACACGUAUGGAGAAAGCACUACAAAGGCUCGCAGAAGCAAAUCUAACUUCCAAAUCUAAAUCUCCAUCUUCUACACAAGAUUCUACAACUCAAACAACAGAGGAUAAUAUUCCCAAGGUUAACAUUGCUAUUGUGGAUACUCCACCAAAUACGCCAUCCAUACAAACUGAUUAUCUCAGUACUCUAUUUAAAGGCAUUCCCAAGGCUUUACUUGAGAAGGUUCGUGCUAAACAAACGGCCAAAGCCUUAGAAGCAAUGACGAGAACACCAAACGCAGAUAAAGAGGCUGCAUUAUAUUCCAGACUUCCCGAAUUAGCGAAGCUUCUUCGUAACAUUUUCGUAGCAGAAAAAAAGAGCGUUUUAUCAAUGGAGGCAGUGAUACAAAAAUUAGAUAAUUCUUUCAGAACGAAACUAACAUUGCAAGAAAUGGAGGAGCAUAUUCGACAAUUGUGCAAGCUCUUACCUACAUGGGCCAAUAUACACAACGUACGAAAGGUGGAUUAUUUGAAAAUAGAUAAAAACGUUGAACUUGCUAAACUGAUCAAACAAUUAGAAAUUUUAGCCAAUGAUAAAGUCAAACCAACAUCUUAAUUUGUACAUUUUGGUAAACCAUUAUGCUGUUCAAAUCGGAAACGUUUGAUUUUGUAUAUUUUACAUCUAUGUCGUGAUAAAAGGAGAGACAUAUAAUACAUCUUAUUAUAUAUAAUUUAUGAUUAUGAUUAUGAUAUAUAAUUUAUGACACAUCACCAUUUGUUUUUCUCGCUUCACAUUUUUAAUAAAUAUGAAACUAUGAGGUACGAAAUAAAAUGUAACAAAUGGGAAUGUAUGCAACAUUGUUUCCUAUUUUAUUAUACAAAUUAUAAUUAUUUUUACUUUAUCAUAAUGUUUUAAAAUUAUUUACGUAAUGAUAUUAUUAUUAUUAUUAAUGUGAAUAAUAUUGCAGUAUAAAACUGUUUUCAAAAAAAUAUUAAUAUAGACUGUUAUCGCAGAAAUUGAAUUUGAAUCAUAUUUAAGAAAUUUUUUAAAUUUCUUAAACAAAACCACUGACAAGGUGUAUAAUACAUUAUCUUUGACAUGUUAAUUAAAAAAUACAACUAUACACAUUAUCUAUAUGUAUGCCAAAUAUAUUGUACUUUUAUUCAAACACAUUUGUCAUAUAAAAAUUUAAA